CACCCACACGCUAUCGUGGACUUGCGAUCCUUGCAGCCUCGCUUCUACUGACUGGAGCGCACAGCCGUAGUGCAGUAUAGCCUUUGCUGAAUGGCUAUUUUACAUGAGUACAGCAAGCCUACUGCCGAGUGAAAGAGAGGAGGUAGGAAAAGAGAGAGAGAAAAAAAAAUAAGAUGGGGAUGCUAACACUUUUGCAGGUUGUGCCAACAGCCUGAUAAACUAGCUGGUUCUUGAAUGGCAGUGAGACGCCAUGAGGCGAAUGGACUAAGCUUGUUAAAAGACAAAAGGAUUUAAAAAAAAAAAAACAACUGCUACUAGCACGCGCUGGCAAGGCAGCACUACCCUGAGCCCGGAAACGAGGCGCGAGUCUGGAAGCUGGCACAUCAGGCCGGCAGGAGCGGUAGACAUGGCUACAGACUGGGUUUCGGCGACUUGCUCCCCCGUGACCCGGAAACACAUUCGCGGAGAGCAAACAAGGGGGGAUAACCACCACUGCUUGUCUGCGAGCGUGCUGACUCCAGUCACGUAGCGUGGGGCUGAUGAGGACGAUGUAGCUUCAAAUUUUCGCUGUGUUCCAACAAUUUCAUCAGCUGCGACGGUUUUUCUAUUUUGGCGCAGUUUUCGUUGCGGGUGGAACCGUUACUCAUGUCAGACCGAGCAUGUCCAGACGGAUAUGGAAGAUUAUGUUCGCGGCAGUCAUCGUGCUCCUUGUUGUCUAUUUCGUGCUUCGCGGAUUCUCUGCGCAUGACAGUUUCGAAACUUCCGAUCACCUGAUCAGCGUCGUGCAUUCGAUGGGGAGCGUCGAACCUCACCGCUACAGCUAUCACAGUUUUGACACAAAGACGAUGAAGACAGAGGAGCGGAAAACAAGUGUGACAAGCACAGCUGGUGAGCGAAUGGAUACACAAACACCAGACACACCCUCGAAGUAUAACAGAGAUCGCGAUUCUGCUCAUGGAUUAAAAGAUGAGAUAAACAUAGUAGCAUCGCCCUUCGUAAAAGACAGUUCCAUCUUUUUCACAGUCCGCCAUUCGAACUUUCUACCGCCUUCGUCAAACACUGGUUUAAAUAUAUCGUCCAGUUUCUCACCUUCGACUGUUGCUUCUAACGCCAUCCUCGGUCGCUCGCCAGACGCUGACGAACGCAACCCAGCGGUUUCAAAGCUCAAAAACGCUUCCCCCGAGAAACUGCAGUUGUGGUUCCGAAGGUCUCUGAACAGGACAGAAACCGUUCAGCAGAGUUUAGGGCACGAGGCCCGCUACAUGGUGUACUACUGUGGCUCGCGGCAUCGUUGCGGUGGGUGGGCUGACCGCCAGCGGGGGCUACUGUCUGUGUUCCUGCUGGCCAUCGUCACGGGGCGGAAGUUUAAGAUCGACAUGCGCAGUCCCUGCAACAUCACGAACUUCGUCGUGCCCGUCGGGGAGGACUGGUGGACGGCGGAAGCCUCUGCGACGGACUCACAUGCGUUGCUGGACGAUAUGGCGGAGGGGAUCGUGGGCCACGUGCUGCGGGCGGGGCAAGACUUGAACGCUCUUUUCCCUCACACCGUGCUGCAGGUUCGCACCAAUCGCGACCUUGCACCCUUCCUCCUCCGCCACUCGCUGUACCGCCGACUCCUUCCGCCUUGGGCCACAUCUUCAUCCAAGAGAACUCGCUUUCGGACUGGCUGGCGUCUGUUGGCUGCCCCCAGCCCCUCCCUGUUCAGUCGCAUCUUAACCCACCUCCGCCCUCUUUGGCCUAACGACUCCCCACCAUCAUCUCCUGACCUUGACCAGCUGCCGUUCGGUGGCAACGUGACUUUGCUGUGCGCUCACGUGCGUAUCGGACAAAAUCCCACAAUUCCCAACGACAACGUGCGCAAUGACGUGGCAGUUGCCAGUGUUGCCCUGGACUUCCUGCAAGAGAACCUCUUCAGGGUAGGUCAAUCCGCCUACGUCUUUGUGGCGACGGACGACCAGGAGGUGAGAGUUGCAGCCCGCGAGAGGUUCGGCGCUCGUCUGAUCGACCAUGGCGGGAAGAUCGUGCACAUCGACCGCCAGGGAGAGCAAAUGAACGCAUGCGCGGGAUUCGAGAGCGCCGUGAUGGACCAGCUGAUCUUGAGCGUGUGCCACGUACUGGUCAUCAGUCGCAGCGGCUUCAGUUUGCACGCCGCCUACUUGCGGCAGCACCAUGGCGGCCUCUUUAUUUUACAGAAUGGCUCUGUAAAGGAACACACACUGGAUUAUGAGUCAUAAAAGUCUUGUAAGGUGGUGGCUAUUUGUUUAGAGUUGGUUAUGGGGUGAGAUAUUAUUACUAUUUUUUCUAAUAAUAUUUAUGAAAAACUUGAAUAUGUUUGCGUUUGUUUGUCAAUAUCAUUUGUUAUAACACUUAUACAUGUUUGAAUGGAGAUUUCAACAGUUUUCUAUCAAGACAUUUUGUGCAAAAAUUAGCUAUACUUAAUUAUUAAAUACAAACGGUGGUUAACGUUGGGCAAACUUAAAACACACGUACAUAUCAGAAAGUGGAUUAAAAACUAAAAGCGCAGCAUAUUGCAAAUAAUAGGAAUGGGAUUAUAUUCAAUGGAAGCUGGGUUUCUCUUUUUCUCUCCUUCAUUCGUGCGCGCGGACAAAUCACAAAUCUUUAUUUACGAGGGUAGCAGAAUAAGCAAAAGUUAUGCGUUUUUUACAUCUAGUCCUUGGACUUAGAAGUAGAAAUAAAAACAUUACAAUAAUUCAAAACAAGGCAAUAAAAAGAAAGAGAAAAAUUAUGAUAUAUACAAACAUGGUUGUGGAUAUCUGAAUUGACAAUUUUUAUGGGUUUUUUAAAAAUCUAGAGCGCUAGCAAUAUGUACGUUUGUUUUUGUCGGUGUCAGUAGUAGAUGAUUAAGCUGGGUAUAGGAAGCCUCUGUAGGUAAUCAAAGGGUUUGAAAAAGGUGUUGUAGGAGUUGUAUUUUAAGCUCGUACACUUAAAGCUUGAGUGAAUUUCGUC